CAAAACUAACGUCUCAGAAAUCUCUCCGUUUGUCUCCUUUCUCACUUCCUCUCCAAAUUCAGACUGUUCGGUGCUAGCGAUGGGGAGGGGAAAGAUAGUUAUUAGGAGGAUCGAUAACUCCACCAGCAGGCAAGUGACGUUUUCGAAGCGCCGGAGUGGACUGUUGAAGAAGGCGAAGGAACUGGCGAUCUUGUGCGACGCGGAGGUUGGAGUUAUGGUCUUCUCCAGUACCGGAAAACUCUACGACUUCGCGAGUUCCAGGUCCUUUUAAGAUCUCAUCAUGAAUUUCUUGCUGUUUAAUUAUUUUAUUUUAUUAUAAUUUGCUUCGUCGUUUUAUUAUAUUACGAGAUUUAUUUGUAUAUUUCCUCUGAUUUUGUCUUUCGAUUUGUGCUCAUUUCUACUCGACUUUAGAGUUGAAUGGUGAUAAGGAAUUUCAAAUGUGAGUUUCGGAAUUCAGAUUUUAUGAUUUUAUGCUAGAAAAACAACGCAAGGUUUUGUUUUGGAUAAGUUAAUUACACCGUUUGGGACCGCGAACAGUAAAUGUUUGUUCAUGGA